UGGAAGAAUGUUUGGAAGAGUAUAGGAAAACAGCACCUAAGUGGGGUUGACAUAUUGUGCACUGGAUGUUCAGAUGGGGAUUCCUGAGCUGGUAAAAUUCUUCAAUGAAAUCUGUGUUCUACGACAGCAGAUCUGGACAAUCGCAUAAUAGUGAUUGUGACCAGCGGCAAUGGCACUCUUCACUAAAGCGAACGGAGUGAGGGCGAUGCUAAGUCUGCUCGGGAUGUGGGUACUAUUUAGUGCAUUUUUGAGCUAUAUGGAUAAUAAAAAUGCAAGCUACUCGACGUUUAGUAAGCUUAGCAUUCGACAUAUGCAUAAGUUUACUAAAGCGCUUAACAUAUCCAGUGAUUCUUUAAGUAACAAAAAUAAAGUAAACGACACUUUUAUUUCUGGCAACCACUCUUCACUUCCUAUCAAUGAUGACUCUCAGUGGGAUAGCUCAUCAUUGAAGCAGCAAAACAUUACCAGCGAAUACCGCCAAUCAAACAGUGAUUUAAUGCUUAGUCAAUGGCAGCCUAUUAAAAGGCAUAACCCCGCUUCUUUGAAUAAGAGAUGUAAAGAACCAAUAUAUGAUGAUAAUGAUGGACCAAUAACUCCGAAUACAACUCUUGAGUCAUUGGAUAUUGUGGAAUCGGAAUUGUCUUGUUUAUUAAAGCCUGGUGGAUCUUUUGAACCACAUGAUUGCAUUCCAAAGGAUUACGUUGCUAUUGUAGUACCAUUUCGUGAUCGUUACGCUCAUUUAGCUGUGUUUCUACGGAACAUUCAUCCCUUCUUAAUGAAGCAGAAUAUCGCCUAUAGAAUAUUUCUCAUCGAGCAGACAAACGGGAAAGCAUUUAAUCGUGCUGCACUUAUGAAUAUUGGCUUCUUAGAAGCAUUGAAAAUAUUUCCAUGGGACUGUUUCAUUUUCCAUGACGUUGACUUAUUACCUCUAGAUAACCGAAACUUAUAUACAUGUCCGCGUCAACCGCGUCACAUGUCAGUUUCUAUAGACACACUAAACUUCAAGUUGCCUUAUCGCUCAAUUUUUGGUGGAGUGUCUGCGAUGACACGCGAGCAAUUUCAGCUAGUAAAUGGCUUUUCGAAUUCUUACUUUGGGUGGGGAGGAGAAGACGAUGACAUGUCAAACAGAUUAAAGCAUGCCAAUUUGUUCAUAUCAAGAUAUCCUGUUAAUAUAGCACGUUAUAUGAUGCUAAAACAUCAAAAGGAAAAAGCCAACCCGAAAAGAUAUGAAAAUCUCGUAAAUGGAAUCAGUAAGAUGGAAAUGGACGGCAUAAAUUCCAUAAAAUAUGAUAUAUACAGCAUAAAAGAAUUUCCAACCUUUACUUGGUAUUUAGCAGAACUAAAAAUCGUCGAUCAAACAAGUUAAUAUUUAUAUUCAUACAUAUAUAGUGAAAAUAGUGAUUCUUCAAAUGUAUAGUUUUUAUAAAAUAGUUAUCAUUGAAAAUGUGUUUACUCUUAUUGCUUAUAUUUAUUAUUAGACUCAUUUAUUACAAUUAUCAUAAAUACACUAAUUGAAUAAUAAGGCACAUUUUUCUAA